AUGCCGAAAAUCUGCGUGGAUUGCAAGCUUGAUAUAAAAAGCGAUAAUUUUUGCAAAUGUGCUUACUGCAAACAAGCAUGUCAUGAGCUUUGUGAUAAUUUAUCACCCAGGAAAUCUUUUAGUGAGCCCGCUCCAGUUUGGGCUUGUCCAAGCUGUAUCAGCAAGAGACCCAAGGGCGACAAUACGAAAACACCUGUAAGGCAUAAUCUUAAGAGCACUCGAUCAUCACCUAAUUGGGUAUUGCAGCGAUCACGAGGCAACAGGUUCGGUACUUCUCCAGUCGCAAGUGAAUAUGAAACCCCUUCUCUCUACCCCACUGUCGAUGAAGUUAGGGACAUCAUACAGUCAGAAUAUAAAAAUAUUUUAAUGAAGGAGUUGACCAUCUUGAUUGAGAAAAAGAUUGCGUCUGAACUUCGAGAAACUGUUUCUGAUAUUGCAUGCUUAUAA